UCCAACAGGCAGCCGGUCAAACUCAACCUGCUCACCUGUCAGGUGAAGCCGAGCUCCGAGGACAGGAAGUGCUUCGAUCUUAUUUCCCAUAACCGGACAUAUCAUUUCCAAGCUGAGGACGAACAAGAGUUUGUAAUCUGGAUCUCGGUGCUGACCAACAGUAAGGAGGAGGCGUUGAACAUGGCGUUUCGUGGCGAGCAGACCAGCGGCGGCGAGGACGGUUUGGAGGAUCUGACUAAAGCCAUCAUAGAAGACGUGCUGCGGAUGCCUGGCAACGAAUUAUGCUGCGACUGCGGAGCUGCAGACCCUAAAUGGCUUUCCACCAACCUGGGGAUCCUGACCUGCAUCGAGUGCUCCGGCAUCCACCGAGAGAUGGGCGUCCACAUCUCCCGCAUCCAGUCCAUGGAGCUCGACAAGCUGGGAACCUCAGAACUCUUGCUGGCCAAGAAUGUAGGGAACAGUAGUUUCAAUGAGAUCAUGGAGGGAAAUCUCACUACCCCUACACCAAA